AAGGCAUUAAAUUCAAAGACAAGGCCAAGAAUGUUGGUGCAGAUCUUGUAAAGCAGGUUGCGAGUGCAACUAAUACAGCCGCUGGAGAUGGUACAACUUGUGCUACUGUCCUGACUCAGGCAAUACUAACAGAAGGCUGCAAAUCUGUAGCUGCUGGUGUAAAUGUGAUGGAUUUACGUAGUGGUAUUAACAUGGCAGUUGGUGCAGUCAUAUCUGACUUAAAAGGCAAAGCGCAAAUGAUUAGUACCCUAGAAGAGAUUACACAGGAUGUUAAUGAGAUGAUGAAUCAAGGAGGCAAUACUCUAACCGUGGCUUCACUUGACCUUAAUUUGGUUGAGGGUGGUUCUUUUCAAAAAAAUGUGUUUGAUUUAAGCACAUUUGUGGGGGACUUGACUUUUGACGAAGAUGCAAGUGGUGAUGAUAUAUCAUUGGAAGGACUUGAGAAGGAGCUUGAAGAAUGUAAAAACUAUGAUGUAGUUGAAAACAUAUUGUCUAAAGGUACAACACUAAGGGAGUACACGAAGGGGGUUGAGAAUGAUCUACGCCAAGUUGAGUUGGACUCUAUUCAGGAUUAUAUCAAAGAAAGUGAUAACUUGGUGUCCCUUCAUGAUCAAAUUCGUGAUUGCGAUGCUAUCUUGUCACAGAUGGAGACUCUUCUCAGCGGUUUUCAGUCUGAGAUUGGUUCUAUAAGUUCAGACAUAAAAAUACUCCAAGAGAAGUCAAUGGAUAUGGGUCUGAAGCUGAAGAAUCGCAAGGUGGCGGAGUCGAAACUAGCAAAAUUUGUUGAAGACAUUAUAAUCCCUCCAAGGAUGGUAGAUAUAAUUGUUGAAGGAGAGGUCAACGAGGAGUAUAUGAGAACACUUGAGAUCUUAAGUAAGAAGCUGAAAUUUGUUGAAGUGGAUAUUAUGGUUAAAACUUCAAAAGCCCUUAAAGAUGUUCAGCCGGAGCUUGAAAAACUGAGGCAGAAAGCAGUUUCAAAGGUUUUUGACUUCAUUGUCCAGAAGCUUUAUGCAUUGAGAAAACCAAAAACAAACAUUCAGAUCCUUCAGCAGAAUGUUCUUCUUAAAUACAAGUAUGUUAUUUCUUUUCUUAAAGAACAUGGCAAGGAGGUUUAUAAUGAGGUUCGUGCUGCUUAUAUCGACACAAUGAACAAGGUUUUAAGUGCACAUUUCCGUGCUUAUAUACAAGCGUUGGAGAAACUCCAGUUAGAUAUAGCAACAUAUAGUGAUUUGAUUGGUGUAGAGACUAGAAGCACUAGUCUUUUUUCAAGAGGAAGAGAACCACUGAAGAAUCGUUCUGCUGUUUUUGCUCUGGGGGAUAGGAUCAACAUUUUAAAGGAAAUUGAUCAACCUGCACUGAUUCCACAUAUAUCUGAAGCUAGCUCCUUAAAGUAUCCUUAUGAGGUCCUUUUCCGGAGCUUACACAAGCUGCUUAUGGAUACUGCAACUUCUGAGUAUCUUUUCUGUGAUGAUUUCUUUGGGGAAGAAUCUAUAUUUUAUGAAAUUUUCGCAGGUCCAUUUGCAGUCAUUGAUGAGCACUUCAACUCAAUACUGCCAAAUUGUUAUGAUGCUAUUGGGUUAAUGCUUAUGAUUCGCAUAAUACACCAGCACCAGCUCAUCAUGUCUCGGCGGCGGAUCCCAUGCUUGGAUUCAUAUUUAGACAAGGUCAAUAUUUCCCUGUGGCCUCGUUUUAAGAUGGUUUUUGACUUGCAUCUUGGUAGUUUGCGUAAUGCAAAUGUGAGGACAUUGUGGGAAGAUGAUAUUCAUCCUCAUUAUGUAAUGAGGCGUUACGCUGAAUUUACAGCUUCUCUUAUUCACCUCAAUGUUGAAUAUGGAGAUGGCCAGCUUGAAUUGAAUAUGGAACGGUUGAGAAUGGCUGUAGAUGAAUUGCUUAUGAAGCUUGCAAAAAUGUUUCCAAGACCAAAAUUACAGAUUGUGUUUCUGAUAAAUAACUACGACAUGACAAUUGCUGUACUAAAGGAAGCUAGCCCUGAAGGUGGGAAAAUUCAAAUGCACUUCGAGGAAUUGUUGAAGAGCAACACAGCAUUAUUUGUGGAAGAACUGCUGCUGGAGCAUUUUAGUGAUUUAAUCAAGUUUGUGAAGACUCGAGCCUCGGAGGACCCAAGUUCUAGUUCAGACAAACCCAUAACUGUCGCUGAAGUCGAGCCACUCGUUAAGGACUUUGCGAGCAGAUGGAAAGCUGCAAUCGAGCUGAUGCACAAAGACGUCAUCACUUCUUUCAGCAACUUCCUGUGCGGUAUGGAGAUCUUGAGGGCUGCAUUGACCCAGCUGCUGCUUUAUUACACCAGACUCUCUGACUGCAUAAAGAGGAUUAACGGUGGGUCUGCACUGAACAAGGAUCUUGUCUCCAUAUCUUCAAUCAUGUACGAAAUCAGGAAAUACUCGAGGACGUUCUAAUAUCACCAUCAUCAUACAGAACCAAAGCAUCACCCGGAGAAUAACCUGAUUUUAGAUCAAUGAGAGAGUUCAUUUGAAAGCGUCGCUGCUAUAUGUUGCAGCUAGUCUAUGAACUGUUAGAGAGUACUGAUCGAGCGAAAUGAUACAGAAAUUAUGUAUAUGUUAGAAAAUGCAGAAAUGAUUUUUGAAGGUAUUCAAAAAAAUUGAUGGGAAAAUUGCAAACAGUUUUGGGUAAUCUAUUGCAAUAUACAGAAGAGUGGAGACGGGAGACUUUGAAAUUUGCAUUGGUAGGGAAAUGAGUUGAUCUUUCCCUAUAUGUAUUAUUUUUAAUAUUUGUUAUUGAGUUUCAAUUUAAUGUAGUUACAGAAACAACAUAGAAUUGCUUUUUUUUUUUUU